UGUUCGCACGGUGCGUGAGUCGCGGUUGGAGAGAGUGGCCGGCGCGGAGUGGGCUCGGGUGCCGUGUGCCGGGGUUUCUCGUCUCCUGGCGCAGGGCUGGAGCCUGGAGCGGGGACGACCCCACAGUGACCGUCAUGACCCCUCAACCUGUCUCGUCCACAGGCGGCCAGCGCCACGGGUCGUGUGGACCAACCGGACGGUCAACGUCUGCUGUGACGGGUCAGCCGGACCCUCUUGCCCACAGGACGCUGAGUUCCUGGGCCGCUGCUACACCACCGCAGCCUGCUGGCAGCUCACCUGGGGCAGCAACGCAUCCGACGUGUCGAUGGAGAGUUGCUGCGGCGAUCAGCAGGGUCGCAGCUGGAGUAACCGCGCUGGAGUCUGCCUCCCCUGUCCCCCCCUCACCUCGACAGAUAUCAGGGGUCAAGGGUCAGUGGUCAGAUUCCGUGUCCCACGGGCUGCAUCCACUCCACUGCCCCUUGGCUCAAUACUUCUCGGCUCUGGCCAGGUCUGGCCGCUCGGCCCGACGAUGUUGGUCCCUGGCCGUGACCGGCCGCUCGGCCCGACGAUGCUGGUGUCCGGCCGGGACUGGCCUCGGGCGGCCUGCGUGACCUGGAGCGGCGUCCACUACCGGACGUUUGAUGGCCGGCACUUUACCUUUGGGGGCAGCUGCACCUACACGCUGGCCGCAGGGCUGGACGGCACCUGGAGCGUCCACCUGUCCACCCCGCCCUGCACUCGCAGUGUCCGCACUGAGUGCCCCAAGGCGCUGAGGGCCAUGUUUGGCCUGAACCUGGUCUUGAUCGAGAAUGGAACCGUUGUCAUUAACGGGGCAGUGCUCUCCCCGGGGCAGUCCCACCCGCACAGUGAUGACCUCACCACGGCCGCGGGCUCCAUCACCCCUGUUGCUGCCGCCUUUGGAAACUCCUGGCGUGUCGCCCAGUCCGAGCCCGAGGACUGUGAGGAGGCGUCGGAGCCUGGGCCGGGCUGCGGGGGGGCUGCUGACCCUCGCCUGCCUCCCCUGGCACACUCGCUGUGCCCCCGCAUCCUCGCACCACCCUUCACCCAGUGCCACGCACAGGUGUGGCCAGACAGUUACCUGGAAGCCUGUUGGUCAGCGUUCUGCAGAGGGGAAGGUUCUGUGGAUGGGAGGCUCCGUUCCGUGUGCCAGACCUUUGCCAGUUACGCCCGGGAGUGUGGGCGGCACCAGAUCUACCCGCAGUGGCGAUCGCCGGCCUUCUGUGACCAGAGGUGUGCGGGUGGUAUGGUGUACACGGACUGCGUGUCGAGCUGCCCGGCCACGUGUGAGACACUGGAGUCUGUGCCGCCCGGAUGCCGGGAGGAGUGUGUGGGCGGAUGCGAGUGUCCGCCCGGCCUCUACCGCCAGGUUGACCGCUGCGUGACCAUCGACGAGUGUCCGUGCUUCCACCGCGGGCAGUGGUACCCACCGGGGCAGGCCCUACCAAGCCGGUGCAACCGCUGCAUGUGUACGCGGGGUCGCUGGGCCUGUACACGGGAGCGGUGUGCAGCGGAGUGCGCCGUGCUGGGGGACCAUCACUACGUCACCUUCGACCACACGCGCUACUCCAUGCAGGGGGCGUGUGAAUACACACUGGUGGAGGACUACGUGGACGGGAAGCUGUUGAUCAGCGGCCAGUACGGGGACUGUGGCCGGAGAACGGGCGGCUGCCUCCGGACACUGACCAUCAUUGUGUACCGCACCGUGGUCCGUGGUCUGUGUGGGACGUACAGCUGGAAUCGCCAUGAUGAUUUCCUCACCCCCCUGGGUGACGUGGAGACCGCUCCCUCUGCCUUCGUCCACAAGUUUGCCAGCCCUCCCGGCUGCCCCCCCGCCGACCCCCUGACCCCUGACCCAUGCGACACCUACGCCCAACGGAGGGAGUUCGCCCAGGAGACCUGUCGGGUCCUUCGCAGCGCGACCUUCCAGCCGUGCCACGACCGUGUGGACCUUGACCCCUACCUCCAGCUGUGCAUGGUCGAGGUUUGUGGCUGCAUGGGAGCUGCAGACUGCCGCUGCGGGGCUGUUGCCGCCUACGCCCGCUCAUGUGCCCAGGAAGGGGGGCAGGUCACCUGGAGGUCUGCCACCUUCUGCCCGGUGCACUGCACGGGUGGUGCUGUGUACAGUGAUUGCGGGCCUGCGUGUGGGGACUCCUGCUGGCACCAGCGCAUGGGUCUGAGCUGCGAUGGUGCUGCGGUGUGCGUGCCGGGCUGCAGCUGUCCACCGGGGCUGCUGCGUGAUGAUGGGGGUCAGUGCGUGCCCCCCUCACUCUGCCCCUGCCCCUUGCACGGCACCCUGCACCCCCCCGGCAGCACCGAAACACGGGGCUGCAACACCUGCAUCUGCACAUCGGGAGCCUGGAACUGCACGGAGCAGACGUGCCCCGAGGCCGUGUCCUGCCCGCAUAAUCUCAUCUACACGCCCCAUGCCUGCCCACACACGUGUGACACGCUGCACGACAACCGCACCUGCCCAGACUCCUUCGAGGGCUGCGGGUGUCCCGAGGAUCUGGUAUUGCUGGGUGAUCGCUGUGUGUCUCCGGCCGACUGCCCGUGUCGGCACAACGGCCGCCUGUACCAGAGGGGCCAGAGUGUCCACAAGGACUGCAACACCUGCGUGUGCGUGGGCCACGUGUGGCGAUGCGGGAGGGAAGCGUGUGCGGGCCGGUGCCUGGCGACGGGGGACCCCCACUACGUGACGUUCGACGGACGGGCGUUCAGUUUCCAGGGCGACUGCGGCUACCUGCUGGUCCAGGACGUGGCCGCAGGGCUGGCGGUCAGUGCACAGAACAUGCCCUGCGGCACUGGACAUGUCUCCUGCACCAAGGCAGUGACCAUCACCCUGGGCAGCACCAGCAUUCAUCUGAUGCGCGGCCGUGCGGUUACGGUGAACGGCGUUGCGGUGAAGGUUCCCAAGGACUACGUUGGCAGUGGUCUGUCCCUGAGGGUUGCCGGCAUCUUUGUGGCCGUCAUCUCACGCCUGGGGCUGACCGUCCUAUGGGACGGGGGAACACGUGUGUACGUGCGCCUGGAGCCACGGUAUCGUGGCCGUGUCAGCGGUCUGUGUGGGAACUUCGACGGGGACACGGAGAACGACUUCACCGCGCGGCAGGGGAUGGUGGAGGCGACGCCCGAACGCUUUGCCAACUCCUGGCGCCUCAGCCCCAGCUGCCCCGAGCUGUCAGAGGAUGACGUUCCACAGCCCUGCUCCGAGAACCCUCACCGCGUGACCUGGGCACGGAAGCGGUGUGGCGUGAUCAGCCAGCACGUGUUCCAGGCGUGUCACACGGAGGUACCGCCACAGCCCUUCUACCAGUGGUGUGUGUACGACGCGUGUGGGUGUGACUCAGGAGGGGACUGCGAGUGUCUGUGCACCGCCAUCGCCACCUACGCUGAGGAGUGCAACGAGAGGGGCGUCUACGUACGCUGGCGGUCACAGGACCUCUGCCGUACCCAUGCAGUGCGAGAGGGGGGGAGGGUGUACGAGGCCUGCGGACCCCCCUGCCAGCCCAGCUGUGCCACCCGGACUGCUCCCCCCGACCCCCACUGCCACUCCUUGCCCUGUGUGGAGGGUGCUUCUGCCCGAGGGCUAUGCAGGGGGCUGUGUGUGCCCCCGUCCAACUGCCCCUGUUACUGGGGUGAGACCGCCUACCCCCAGGGCACCGCCAUCAGCCAGGACUGUCGCAACUGCACGUGCUGGGCGGGUGAGUGGGAGUGUGAGGGGGGUCAGUGUGGUGAGCCUGGCGUGUGUGUGGACGGUGAGUUCCGGUGUGCGUCCGGCCGCUGUGUGCCGCGGGCCUGGCUCUGUGACAACGAGGACGACUGCGGGGACGGUUCGGACGAGGCGUGCGUGUCCAGCUGUGAGCCCGGACACUUCCGCUGCACCAGCGGUCAGUGUGUGGGGCCGCGGGAGCGCUGCGACGGCUGGCCGGACUGCCCCGACCGCUCCGACGAGGCCGACUGCCCCUCGGGCGCCUGUGCUGACCAGGAGUUCCGCUGCGGCACCGGGCAGUGCGUGCCCAUCCUGCGCCGGUGUGACGGUCACUCCGACUGUGCUGACCAGUCCGACGAGGCAGGGUGCCGGUCACUCUGCACGCCAGUGGAGUUCCAGUGCUGGACGGGCAUGUGCGUGCCCUACGGCCUUCGAUGUGACGGGCGGGACGACUGCGGUGACUUUAGUGAUGAGCGGGGCUGCGUGUGUGGCCCGGGGCAGUUCCAGUGUCCCGAGGAGCGGUGCCUGCCCAACGAGCUGCUGUGUGACGGCACUGACCACUGUACCGACGGCCUGGACGAGCUGCUGUGCCCAACGGCCGUGCCCGUGAGGUGCGGUGUGGAGGCGAUGGCCUGUGGGGACGGUCAGUGUGUUCCACGAGCGCGGCUGUGUGACGGAGUGAUCGACUGUGCCCAGGGCGAGGACGAGAAUCCGGCCAACUGCCCGGUGACCAGCUCGGCCCCAACCUUGCCCGGAACCUCAACCGCUGGACCCUCAAUCACCGGACCCUCUGCUGGACCCCCAAUGUCAGCUGGCCCGAGCUGCAGCCACUAUGAGUUCCGGUGUGGGAGCGGGGAGUGCAUGCCGCGCGGCUGGCUCUGUGACCGCGAGCUGGACUGCGGCGAUGGCAGCGACGAGCACGCGUGCAACUGGACAUGUGCCGUGGGCGAGGUGCAAUGUGCCGGCAGCUCCCUGUGUAUCCAGCACCGGCAACUCCGUGACGGCAUUCCCCAGUGUCCAGAGUGGUGGGAUGAGCACGUGGACACCUGGGGUUCGGAGCGGUUGCCCCCUUGCCCCGGCAGCUUCCUGUGCACGGAUGGCGUGUGCCUGGACUCCAGCCGCCUGUGUGACGGUGUGGCUGACUGUCCACUGACCGAGGACGAGCUGGACUGUGAGCUGGUGGUUCCCACAGCGCCUGUCCCCGGGGGUAAUGAGACUACCAAGACGUGUCCCAUGUUCCCCUGCGCCAACAACAACUGCAUCACCUUCCUGCAGGUGUGCGAUGGGAUCAACGAUUGCAGUGACGGAUCUGCGGAAUCGAGGGGGUUCCCGUCGGAUGAAAUGAGCUGUGGGAUGUGGUCGCCGUGGGGAUCGUGGAGCGACUGUAGCCAGACGUGUGAAGCCGGCGUACAGUCUCGGAAGCGUCUGUGUUCAAGCCCAUCGCAGGAUGUGCUGCGCCAGUGCCGAGGACUGAAGCAGCAGACCCAGCAAUGCUUCAGCCGUGCAUGCCCAGAGGAUGGUCGGUGGUCGGAGUGGACGGAGUGGUCAAACUGCACGCAGGACUGCGAGGGGAUGGUGGUCCGAGAGAGAACUUGCCUGGGGCCACGCAAUGGGGGAAAGACCUGCCUGGAGCUGCCUCACCCCCCCGUCACACUGGACAUCACUCCCUGUCGGUCAGACGACUGCCCGGACCCUCACCCCUGCCCCGGCCAUCUGGUCUGGUGGGACUGUGCCCCCUGCCCUCUGACCUGUGCACAGCUGGCUGCGGAGGACAGCUGCCCCCAAGAUGCGACCUGUAACCCAGGGGGCUGCUGGUGCCCAGAGGGAGAGGUGGCUGACAGUGGAGCAGACGUGUGUGCCUUUGCCCCAGUGUCCGUGCCUGGUAGGGGGGGUGCAGAGUACUGGCCUGGCCAGACGGUCAAGGUGGACUGUCAGCUGUGGUCGUGCUGGGGAGGGCAACUGGGGGAGUGUCAGCCCAACCCUCGCUGCUCAGUGGACUGUGGCUGGUCAGGGUGGUCUCCCUGGGGCCAGUGUCUUGGCCCGUGUGGGGUGCAGAGCGUGCAGUGGUCAUUCCGAAGCCCCAACAACCCCAAGGCGCAGGGACAGGGCAGCCGAUGCCGGGGCAUCUACCGCAAGGCCCGCAGGUGCCAGACCCCACCGUGCCAGGACUGCAGUUCCCAGGGGAAGAACGUUCACUGUGGGGGAGCGCUGGAGGCUGGGUCAAGUGUGAGGUGUGUCAGUGCCUGGAGCAGCAGAGAGUUCACUGCUCCAUCUAUUGCCCCCUCUCUGCCCUCGGCUGUCCCCAGGGUCAGAGACUGGUUGAAGGUGCGGUGGAGAGAUGCUGUUACUAAUGGCCUACUCCUGCACCUAUUGUCUAUUGUCUAUUGUGUUCUAUGUUUUCCAGGUGCUGAGGAACCCACGCUUCCCUCCACAUUCCCGACCCGGCCCGGUUUCCCGGAGGUGACGGGGGUUACUCGGGCAGCGCCAGGGCAGGUGUUGCCCCCCACUGCCCCCCCAGUGGGGUGCCGGAGCGGGCAGUUCCACUGCCACAACGGUCAGUGUGUUACAGCCGGGGCCGGAGGGCAGCUGUGCGACGGCACUGAUGACUGUGGAGAUGCCUCAGACGAGCUGCACUGUGGCGUGGUGUCCCCGGUGGUGCCGGUUGCGGGAGACUGUGUCUCGGGGGAGUUCCGGUGCACAGCGAGGGCAACGUGCGUGCCAGCUUCCCGCCGGUGUGACGGGCGGUCUGACUGUAGCGACGGCAGCGACGAGCAUGGAUGUGGCACCUCAACGGCAAAGACAUUCAGCCGGCAUCUGUCGACCAGGGAACCAAACACAUCAUCUGGAAUCAUCUCCCGACCUCAGCCCCCAGGACGGUGUGACCAGCCGCUGGGGCUGGAGGACGGGCGGAUCCGCUACCAGCAGCUCAGCGCCUCCUCGUCCCGAGAGAGUAAUCCCCCCGACGCAGGGAGGCUCAAUAUCAUCCCCAACAUCUUGAACCUGGAGCCGGGCUGGAGUCCUGUGGACGGAGACACUGCCCCCUACCUGCAGGUGGACCUGCUGGUGCCCACGUUUGUGUCGGGGGGUUUCGUCACCCACUACAGCCUCGCCUCCAGCUACGACGGCAUCCACUUUGCCAACUACACCGGCUCCACCGACUGGGCACGGCCCCCACAGGUACUACGGGCCAACUCUGACGCCAACACGCCCGUGCGACGAGACCUACAGCAGCUGAUCUUCGCUCGUUACCUGCGCAUCAUUCCCCUCCGUCAUUCCCAUGGCAUCUUCCUGCGGACCGAGAUCCUCGGAUGUCCUUGGAGUGAGUCCACCCACGCUGCCACCUGCCUGGACCAGACUCACCCGGGCCAGACUCACCCGGGCCAGACUCACCCGGGCCAGACUCACCCGGGCCAGACUCACCCGGGCCAGACUCACCCGGGCUCACCGUCCACUCACCCGGGCCAGACUCACCCGGGCCAGCCUCACCCGGGCCAGACUCACCCCGGGCCAGACUCACCCCGACCAAACUCACCCGGCCUCUCGCUGCCGUCCCUGGGGCAUGUACCUUAUUUGGGGCCGAUGGGUCAGCCUAUGGGCACCAGUGGGACCAGCGCUGCGCCAGGCCCCCUGGACGGAUGGUCACAGGGUCUGGGGUCGGGGGUCAGGCCGGCGACCACUGCCCCCAGGCCUCUCCCGCCCAGAGGCUGUGUGCGGGGAGAGUUCCAGUGUGGGAGCGGCGAGUGUGUGGGUGUGUCCGCCCUGUGCAACCAGCGAGCCGAUUGUCGAGACGCGUCCGAUGAGGUGGGAUGUGGUACAGUCUCCCCAUGGACGGGAGUCUCUUCCCCACCGGCGGUACCGACACUGCUCUCUGGCUCACCGGCACCCGGCCCGUCCUCCUCCCCACCGCUCUCCCCCACCAGACCCUCACCGUUGCCCGGUGCCGGCACGGAGACCACGACUGAGGGAGCACACGGUGGGGACGGGGGGGUGUUGCCUCCGUUUCUCCGGGUGCUCUGUGUUCACGGCCAGUUCCGAUGCGACCACUUUGAAUGCAUCGACCCCGAGCGUGUGUGUGAUGGGAUCACAGACUGUGCGGACAGCACGGAUGAACAGCACUGUGGUGUAUCUGUGUCUGAGCCGUGUGUCUGUGUCUGGGCCGUGUCUGGGCCGUGUCUGAGCCGUGUGUCUGUGUCUGAACAGUGUGUCUCCCACAGAGGGCUGCCUGGUGUCGGGGUGGACGGUCUGGAAGAGGGCUGCCUGGUGUCAGGGUGGACGGACUGGAGUGGGUGCAGCCACAGCUGCAGCCUGGGGCUGAGGUUCCGACAGCGAGAGGUGCUGAGGCCAGCGGUGGGCGACGGGGGCUGCAACCUGCCCCUGUGGGAUACACACGGCUGCUUCACGCAGGCCUGCCCAGUGAACGGCGGCUGGUCGAGCUGGAGCGCGUGGUCCGUGUGCGAUGCUGCGUGCGGCGGUGGAGUGCGGACACGUCACCGGCAGUGUGUUAGCCCCCCGCCCAAGAACGGCGGCGCAUCCUGCCCGGGGUCCUGGCUCAGUACACAGUCCUGCAACCGGCAGCUCUGCCCCAACGCUACUGACUGUGGGCAGGGCAUGGUCCGGGUGACGGUUGAGGACUGCGAUCGCCAGGCACUGGAGCCCUGCACACUCACCUGCGAUGACCAGCGACCGUCCACUAACUGCACUUCUCCCUGCUCCCCAGAUUGCAGGAGCCCACACUGGUCCCUCCCUUGUUCCACACUGGCCCCACAUCUGUUCCUCAGCGGCCGCUCACUGGGCCACACUAGCCCUCAGUGGUCCCACACUGGGUCACACUGGGCCACACUGCCCCUCAGUGGUUCCACACUGGGCCACACUGGAUCACACUGGCCCCACACUGGGUCACACUGGCCCAUCACUGGCCCUCCGGGGUUCCACACUGGCCUACCCUGGCCCCACACUGGGCCACACUGCCCCUCAGUGGUUCCCCACUGGGCUACACUGGUCCCACACUGGGCCACACUGGGUCACACUGGCCCCACACUGGGUCACACUGGGUCACACUGGCCCAUCACUGGCCCCACACUGGGUCACACUGGCCCCACACUGGGUCACAUUGGCCACACACUGGGUCGCACUGGCCCCACACUGGGUCACACUGAGUCACACUGGGUCACACUGAGUCACACUGGGUCACACUGGCCCCACACGGUCGCACUGGGUCCACACUGGCUCCACACUGGGUCACACUUGGUCGCACUGGCCCCACACUGGCCCCACACUGGGCCACACUGGCCCAACACUGGCCCCACACUGGGUCACACUGAGUCACACUGGGUCACACUGGGCCCCACACUGUCACACUGGUCACACUGGCCCCCACACUGGGCCCACACUGGCCACACUGGCCCCCACACUGGGCCGCACUGGCCCCACACUGGGUCACACUUGGCCCCCACACUGGGUCCUGGGCCCCACACUGGGCCACACUGGCCCCACACUGGCACCACACCACUGAUCACACUGGCCCCACACUGGGUCACAUUGGCCCCACACUGGUCGCCCCCACACUUGGUCACACUGGCCUCACACUGGCCCAUCACUGCCCCACACUGGGUCAUACUGGCCCAUCACUGGCCCCACACUGGGUCCACUGGCCCAGCACUGGGCCCCACACUGGUCACACUUGGUCACACUGGCCCCACCUGGGGCCCCACUGGCCCCACACUUGGUCACACUGACCUCACACUGGCCCAUCACUGGCCCCCCACUGGGUCACACUGGCCCCCACACUGGCCCCACACUGGGUCACACUGUCCCCACACUGUGGCCACACUGCCCAUCACACUGGCCCCCACACUGGUUCACACUGGCCCCACACUGGCUGGUCACACUGGCCCCACACUGGCCCCACACUGGGUCACACUGGCCCCACACUUGGUCCGCACUGGUCCCACACUGGGUCACACUGGCCCCACACUGGGUUGUCGCUGUAUCGGGGCCCUGGUGCUGCAGGACGGUCACUGCGUGAACACUACCCAGUGUCACUGUCGCCAUCACACCAACACCAUCCACCCGGGACAGGCCGUCAUCAUCAAUAACUGCAGCCACUGUGUGUGCCACCUGGGCCGCCUCACGUGUGACGAUUCUCGAUGCCCCACUGACUGUGGCUGGUCGGCGUGGUCACCAUGGACACGGUGUUAUCCUGCGUGUGGCGCUGGAGACCAGGAACGAUACAGGUCGCCGACAAAUCCCACCCCCGCCAACGGGGGAGCCCCCUGCGUGGGGGACAGUGUGGGGCUGCAGAGCUGUUACGUCUCCUGUGGCCCAGUGGCGGGGGGCUGGAGCUCCUGGAGCCAGUGGUCCCAGUGCAGCGCUCCGUGUAAUUCUGGAGUCCAGACCAGGAACCGCAGCUGCAGACGGAUGGAGACGGGCGACGGGGCAACGGGAUGCGUGGGACCACACGUGCAGACACGGGACUGCAACACGCAGCCCUGCGACAAGCGGUGCCCGGCGGAGAUGCAGUACCUGGAGGUGGGUGAGUGCCAGGCGGCGGGGGGAGCAUGCCCGCGAGCGUGCCAGGACCUGUCUGCAGACGUGCAAUGCACCACCCGCUGCUACGACGGCUGCUACUGCGACCAGGGCCUGCUGCUGUUGAAUGGCUCCUGCGUGCCGCUGCACAACUGCAGCUGCUACCACCAGGGGCAGUGGCUGCAGCCGGGGGAAAGCCUACGCCGGGACCCCUGCAACAACUGUACCUGUGUGUCUGGAGAGCUGGUGUGUGGGGACGAGCUAUGUGCAGUGACGGAUUGUUCUUCCAUCGACGGUGCUGUGUACGACCUCUGCGGACCACCCUGCCCGCGAUCUUGCUCCGACCUCACGCACUGUACCUGGAGCUGUGAGCCGGGAUGUUACUGCACCGACGGGCAGGUGUUAACUGAGAAUGGAACCUCAUGUGUCGAUCGGCAAGACUGUCCGUGCCGCGAUCCGGUGACCGGUGAGCGCUACUCUGCAGGAGAGGUCAUUCCCAGAGACGAUGGAUGUAAUAACUGCUCCUGUGUGGAAGGCCAGCUAACUUGUACCCGCCUCCCCUGUGCUGUGCAGGGACACUGGUGCCCGUGGUCGGCAUGGACGCCGUGUUCCAGGACAUGCGGCACGGAGUCGACCACACGUUACCGUGCGUGUGCCUGCCCUGAGCCACGCGAUAAUGGGACGGAGUGCCCCGGAGCCCAGCGCGGGCAUGGCAACACGGGCCUGCAGGUGGCUGUGGAACGCUGCCCCUCCCUGUCCUUCUGCCCAGGUACAUGGCACACUCACACGGGGCACGGACAUGGCACACGGGACAUGGACAUGGCACACGGACAUAGCACACGGCACACAGACACGGCACAUCGGACACGGACACAGCACACGGGACACAGACACAGCACGCGGGACAUGGCACACGGACAUAGCACACGGCACAUCCACACGGGACACGGCACAUGGGACACGGCACAUGGGACACGGCACAUGGACACGGACACAGCACAUGGGACACGGACACAGACACAGCACACGGGACACGGACAUAGCACACGAGAUAUGAACAUGGGACACGGACAUGGCACAUGGGACAUGGCACACGGGACACGGCACACGGACACAGACAUGGCACACCGGGACACGGUGGACGGGGGCUGGAGCCGGUGGUCAGCGUGGUCGGAGUGUGCCGGUUGCGGGGCGGUGUCGGCAAGAUCUCGCCGGUGCAGCAGCCCCCCACCGCGGUUCAGCGGCGCACAGUGUGGCGGUGAGGCCGAGCAGAGACAGGCCUGUCACAACAGCACUGCUCCAUGUACAGACUGCGCUGGCGACCAGGUCCUGCUGCCCUGCGGCCGCCGCUGUCCGCGCUCAUGCGAUGACCUCUCUCUGGACGUGCUGUGCCUGGACGACGGCGCUCUCACCUCCGAUGCAGACGCCGGGUGCCAACCGGCCUGUGCGUGUCCAGCCGACCUGCUCCUGCAGAACGGGACCUGUGUCCCUCCCGGGGAGUGUGGCUGCAAGUCUCGAGACAGGAGCGUGAGUGGGAGCUGGAGUCUGUACCAAGGAGCUGGAGACUGGGUCUACACAGCGGCCGGAGAGAGCAGAGAGACCGAGUGCAGUAACUGCACCUGUGUCAGUGGGCUGCUGGACUGCACGCCACACGCCAGUUGCCGGCGAGACGGGGGCUGGAGUCCAUGGGCCCCGUGGACGGCGUGUUCAGAGACGUGUGGAGGCGGGUCCCAGCAUCGCGUGCGGGAGUGCAGCAGCCCCAGGCCCCAGAACGGGGGCUCCCUCUGCCCUGGACCCGCCACCCAGAGCCAGGCGUGUAACACGGAGCACUGUGGCGACUGGGGGCCAUGGACGGAGUGGAGCUCGUGUUCCAGCACCUGUGGGCCCGGUUUGGAGACUCGACAUCGCAACUGUAGCUGGGACGUGUCGCAGUCGUGCCUGGGCUCAGACUGGGAGUCACGGCACUGUAAUGGCUCCUGUGGAGAUGGGACGGCGUGGAGCCCCUGGUCGCCCUGGUCACGGUGCAGCGUGUCGUGUGGGGGUGGGGAACAGGUCCGCACCCGAACCUGUCACCGGCCCCCUUGCAACGGCUUCCCUGUCCAGAGUACAACCUGUCAGACCCAGGUCUGCCUCGAGGUGGGCUGUCCAUCAGACCGACUAUACCGGGAGUGCGUGGGGGCUGAGGGAUGUCCGUACAGCUGUGAGCACCUCCGCGGGCAGGUGGACUGUUUCAGCGACGGCUGCGAGGAGGGAUGUCACUGUCCUGUCAACAUGUACCUGCACAACGGCACCUGUGUCCAGGAGUGCGGCUGCAUUGUAACGGAGGACAUCGUCCAGUUGUUCCAGAAUCACUCGCUGACUCCAUCGGCCGCUCCCACCAUCAUGACCGACAAGGGGGCUGUUCCUCAGGGGGAGAUAUCUCCAGGGGUUACCCUGUGGCACGAAUGCAGCAACUGUGAUUAUCUGAAGAUUUUCUCUAAGCAAUCUUAUGAGGAAAAGACCAAAAUCAUUGAAAAUGGCAGACCAACGCCGGAACAUAAAGAAUUUCAACAGCGCAAAGGAACAAAAAUAAUUAGAACAUUUAAAACAGCUUGGUACAACAGGAAAGAGUGGCCUUCCUGUCUUGGCAACCCUUGUCCAGCCUUGACCGGUCUUGCAGUCUUGCCCAGCAUUGCUCAGCUAUCUAUGUUUUCUUCCAGCACUUGCAGUAAUGGGCGUCUGGCCUGCUCCUUCUCUCCCUGUGUGCUGGACGGUGAGUUCUCCGACUGGAGCCCAUGGACGUCCUGCUCUCGCACAUGUGGGGCCAUCGGACAGAUAACCAGAACACGCAACUGCUCCAACCCAGCGCCAACCAACGGGGGCCGAGACUGCGCCGGGCCGCGGGCCGACGUCAGGUUUUGUCAGCCAGCCGAGUGUGAGGUGCCCGUCCCAACGAUGGAAGCGAGUGACGGUGUGCCAGAUGCUGAGGGAUUCUCCCCUUGGACUGCAUGGACCCGUUGCUCCAGGAACUGUUCGGACUCUGUGUUCCCGAGUCUGAAGAACCGCACCCGCUCCUGCCAUCGCAUGAACUGCAGCGGGGAGACUGUCCAGGAGCGGCCCUGCAACCUGCCCCAAUGCACAGACGUUGUCGAGUGUUCUGGGUGGAACUGCAGCAGGAACUGCAGCUGGAACUUGUGGUCGGAGUGGAGCGAGUGUUCGCGAGGCUGCGGCGUGGGGCAGCAGCACCGGCUCCGUACGUACAACGCCCCGUGGUCCAGCGGACACUGGUGCAAGGAGAUCCUGACGGGAAACCUGGAGAUACGCUUCUGCAACAUCAAGGCUUGCAUGGUGAAUGGUGGAUGGUCCAGCUGGAGUCCGUGGUCAACCUGUGACCGAGCCUGUGGGGGUGGAAGGUCUCUCCGAAUUCGCUCCUGUACGGAGCCUCCCCCGAAGAACGGAGGCAAGAACUGUGCCGGGGAACGGUUUGAAGCGACUCUGUGUAAUGUUCAACCCUGUGGAACAAACCAAGGUGCUGAUGCCUGUCCCACUGGCCAAGAGUAUGUGGAUUGUGCCAACAGAUGUCCCCGUGCUUGCGCUGACUUCCAGAGUGGAAUAGCCUGCUCCGACACCGGGCAGUGUGAAGCAGGGUGUCGAUGCCCUGACGGUGCCCUGCUGCAGGACGGUGCGUGUGUGGCACCCUGGCAGUGCCAGUGCACGGAUUCGCUGGGGAACGCCUGGGCACCGGGGAGCAGGCAGCAGGUCGACUGCAACAACUGCACCUGUGCCGAGGGCUGGAUCACCUGCUCCAACCUCACCUGCGCGGCCCCGGACUGUGCGUGGAGUCAGUGGUCCACCUGGUCAUCCUGCAGUCUCAGCUGUGGAACUGGCGUCCGUUCCCGCUUCCGAUCACCAACAUCGCAAUCACCUGACAGGAAAUGUGGGCAGCAUCAAGCAGAGACCAAACCAUGUGACCAGGGCCCGUGUCCAGCCCUGUGUCUUCACGAAGAGCAGGAGAUGCAGGUUGGAGAGAGCUGGUUUGUUGGCGAAUGCAGACAGUGCCUGUGUACACCAGAGGGGAUCUAUUGCCAACCGCUGGAAUGUCGAGUGGACGGAGGGUGGACACCAUGGUCACCGUGGUCUGACUGCCCAGUCACCUGCGGCUGGGGAAUGCAGACCAGCACACGGGCUUGUAUCAACCCUCCACCUCGCAACCUGGGCCUGGACUGUGAAGGUCUCAGCUUUCAAACCAGGAACUGCAGCGGCACACACUGCCCAGAUGGUGAGAGCUGCCACUGGUCGGAGUGGAGUGCGUGUCCCACCUGUGGGCCCGGCUACAGGAGCAGAAGCUGCUCGGACACUGGGGAGGAGCGGCAGGAAGUGGAGCCGUGUUACAACCAGCCAUGUGCAGUUGACUGUGAGCUGAGCCUGUGGAGUGAAUGGUCAGCGUGCUCGUGCAGUUCCCCAGUGCAGCACCGAUAUCGUCUUGCCCAUGGACCCCUGUUUGGGGGGAGACCCUGCAGAGGGCGAGAGAAGGAGUCCAGAGUCUGUCACCAAAUGGAGUGCGCAGAUGCCAAGUGUGACAGUCCAUUUGAGCACCGAACAUGUGGACACGGCUGUGGUCAUUGCUCGGACCUCGGCCAAAGCCACCAAUGUGACCUCUCUGAGCAGAAGUGUGUCGCAGGCUGCUAUUGUCCAGAGGGUCUCUGGGAACAGGACCACCAAUGUGUCCCAUCGUCCGAGUGUGAGUGUGUUCACCUUCACCAGUCGGACGGCCACAAAGCCCCAGUGCCCUUGCGUGUUCCACCCGGAGCCACCGUUCUAAUUGGUUGUAACGUUUGUUUAUGCAAAGAAGGUGUGAUCCAGUGCACAAAUCACAGUUGCACAGGUGAGGUUGAGGUCAGUGAGUGGUCAGACUGGACGGGUUGUGCUCCGUGUGUGCCUCGGUCCGCCCUGAGCCAGUCCUCAGUUGCGGGCUGGCCCAGACACCGGCUCAUCACGCUGAACAUCACCCAGCUCCCUGCAGCGGCCCAGAACCUACUGAGGGAGGAGAGAUUCCGAGUGUGCCUGGCAUCUGCCUCGGGGCAGCCUGUCAACGGGAGUCGAUGCAAUGAACAUCUCGUGGAGAAUCGGACAUGCACCAACCUUACAAUCUGUAGCGAUGAGUGUUCCUGGGGCCCCUGGGAUGAGUGGAGUCCAUGCCGUGAACCUUGCAGUGGGGGAUACCGCAUCAGGCAACGCAGCCAGGCUCACCCGCAAGACACAGAGAACUGUCAAGAACCCAAGUUCCAAUCGGAGAGUUGCAACACUGCCAUGUGCCCAGGAGAGCUCUGUGAAGACCGAGAAAAAGAGUUUGUGUCGUGUGCCAAUCCCUGUCCGCGGACCUGCACUGACUUGUGGGACCACGUGCAGUGUCUCCAAGGAUUAUGUAAACCAGGUUGCCGAUGCCCUAGGGGGCAGUUACUGCAGGAUUCGAGCUGUGUGUUAAUCUCAGAGUGUCGCUGUGGACUGCCCAGCUCAAACCGCACUGUGGAAUAUCAGCCCGGAGACAGGGUUGUUGUCCCUUGUGGCACCUGUGCCUGUGUGAAUGGGACAUUUGACUGCAGUGAUUCACGCUGUGCAGAGCAGAACUCCUGGUCCGCGUGGAGCCAGUGUUCGCAGAGCUGUGGAGGAGGUGAGCGGAUCCGCAGUAGAAGCUGUGGAGAGCCCGGAACUCCCUGCCAGGGAGGAAGCGUUCAGACAGCAGAAUGCAACCAGGUGCCUUGCCAAGGCUGUCCAGAGAAGCAGGUCUUCAGCAGCUGUGCCAACAUCUGUCCACGCACCUGCUCAGAUCUCCGAGCUGAAGUGGAAUGCCAGCAAGAAGCCUGCAAGCCUGGGUGCCUGUGUCCACACGGGCAGUUUCUGCAGGGCGAGGUAUGUGUGUCUCCUGAAGAUUGUCAUUGUUCCUUACUGAGCUCGCAAACACCACGGCUUGGUAACAUUUCACACCACGAUUACCCACCGGGAGCAGUGAUCCACGAUCGGUGCAGUGUGUGUGUAUGCCAGAAAGGAGUUUUCCAUUGUUCCAAAUCAGACUGUGAAGCCCCAUCAUCGACCUCCGUGCCGACCUCUCCACUAACGCUGCCGGAUCCUCUCCGGAUGCCUCCGUGGCGCCGACCCAGGCCCCAGCCGUGGGCUCCGUCAACCCAGGCACCGAUGGCCGCGGGCAUUGACGACCCACGUCUGCUACUUCCCCAUUCCCCCACCCUGUAUACUCUCCCAACGCCUCACCUUGUGGGUCCAUUCUCGGAAACUCUGCCUGAAGAAUUUUCACUCCUGGUUUUAUUUUUGUUUUCUGGAGCAGAGUGGGUUAGUUUUGGGCUUUUGAUGCUGAUUUUGGAACAAAGUGUCCCGAGGGUGAGAUUUGGAAUGGGGGGGCCGAUGGAUUCCCAUUCCUGUGAGCGAUCGUGCCGCGAUGUUCACGACGUGACCGUGGCAAGUUGUGGUUCAGCUGGCAAAGACUGCGUGUGUGAUGCCGGGAGAUACAGAAACAUGUCUGGCUUCUGUGUGACUGCAGCAUACUGCGAGUGUAUCGUCGGUGACACCAUCUACCCGCCAGGGUACGAAUGGGCAGAUGGUUGUGAACAGUGUCGAUGUCUCAAUGGAAGAAAGGUUUGUUCUGCUGGGUGUCCACCACUAUACUGCCUUGAGGGCUAUGUGAAAGUAGUGGAUCCUGGGCAAUGUUGUCCUGUCUGCAGAAAGGAAGUGCCUGAUGAUUCCUCCACAAUGUGUCUACGUUACACCGAAAUGCGGAACAUAUCCAAGGGUCAUUGCCGGCUGGAGAACGUGCUGGUCAACUCCUGCACCGGGAGCUGCCUGUCCCAAGUUCAAGUCAUCCCAGAGGAGCCAUACCUACAGAGCCAGUGUGAGUGCUGCAGUUACCGCCUGCACCCCGACAACCCUGUGCAGUUCAUCAACUUGCAGUGUGAGAACGGAGACGUGGAAUCCAUCGUUCUGCCAGUUAUUCACAGCUGCGAGUGUAGCAGUUGCCAAGGUGGAGACUUCAGCAGACGAUGAUGUUAUUGCCAAUGGUUGUUGGCAUUGGCUUCCACACAAAGAUUCAUGGAUAUUUCCAUUCUCUCGUUUAAAUGAGGAUUUUUUUUUAGGAGAGAUUACGUAGAAGAUCUGCAAAAUUUGUCAAAUGUCUUUGUUUUUAAACUGAGCGGAGAGCUCAUUGUUAAAAUCUGUGUAGUUUUAAAUAAACUGGUUUGAACCGUUUGCCUCGGAUUCCUUUGGUUAUUAUUUGAGACAGCGACAGGGCAUUCACACUCUGAGAUAUGGGGCCUCUGGGACCAAGCACCUUCCAA